AUGAACACAGCGGACUCGCUUAUCCAACGACUUGUUGAAUGUCGCAAUACUGCAGACUAUACACCCAUUCUGGAGAAACUCGCUCAGUAUGAUGAGUCAGUGAGACGUUCCAAUGCAAACAAGAAUGAUCUGGAUGAAUCUUGGUCAAAAAAUACAGAACAAGUCGAUCUUGAGCUGCUCAGAAAACAGGUUUUGGGCCUACAAUUAUUAGCCAAAGAUAUUGAUUUACCAACCGAGCUCGCGUUGGAGUAUUUGAAAAAUGACGACGAUUCCAUCAAGAAGCAAUUGAAUGAUACUAAGAAGUCUUCUAUCAAUGAUGUUUCAAUACCUCUACCGUUAGAUGAUUACGAUUCAAAGGCAGAAAUGUUAGGCAUAAUUCCAAACAAACCUAAAGUUGAUCCCAGGUUCCAUUCUGUUGGGUCUCCAGAAUUGGAAGAUUUGGUGAAAUUGAAAAUAGACUCCAGAAUCAACCAGCUGGAAUCUUUAAGCUCAAACUUGGGCUCUUAUGAUUUUUCCAAAUUUGAAAAUGAUCUUAAUUAUUCAAACGAGGAGAUUUUAGAUAACGUUGAUGAAUUGAAAAUAGAUGCAUUGGUUGAACUGAAAAGCUUGAAACUGUUACCAUUACAAAAGCAGCUGAGAAACCACUUAUUGAUUAAAGUCGCUACAAAUACGAUCUAUAAUGAUGAAAGUUUGAAUAACUACUCAGUCUUCAAAACUUGGAAAAGGACCUAUUGUGUGCAUCCAAAACAGAAAGUUGUUCAAACUGCUAAAUUAGCGGAAAAGUUACAACAACAGCAACAGUUUGAGAGAGAGAAAUUAAUAGAAUCUCUGCAUAAUGAAAAAGUUCAACUAUACAUUGAGACAGCCAACAAAACUCAAAACAACAUUGCGUCCAAUCAAAUGAGACGUUUCCAACUAGGUAAAUCAAUUCACAAAUUCCAUCAAGAGUGUGAGAGGGAUGAAUCUAAAAAGUUUGAAAGAAAUGCCAAGCAAAGAUUACAAGCUUUGAAGGCCAACGAUGAAGAGGCAUACAUUAAAUUGUUGGAUCAAACUAAAGAUAAGAGAAUUACGCAUUUGCUAAAACAAACCAACUCUUUUCUUGAUUCUUUGGCUAAUGCCGUUAAAGUUCAACAGAACGAAACUAAAAUUCUGACUCAGAUCGAGAAGGGCAUGAAUCCUUCGAAAGAUUCGAAAACUGAAGAGGAGGAGGAAGAAACUGAAAAGGAAAGUGAAACCAAGGAGAAAAAGGUUGAUUAUUAUGAAGUAGCCCACCAUAUCAAGGAGAAGGUUGAAAAACAGCCAUCCAUUUUAGUUGGUGGUACACUAAAGGAAUACCAAAUUAAGGGUUUAGAAUGGAUGGUAUCUCUUUAUAAUAACCAUUUGAAUGGUAUCUUAGCAGAUGAAAUGGGUUUGGGUAAGACAAUCCAAUCCAUUGCGUUGAUUACUUACCUAAUUGAGAAAAAGAGUGAAAGUGGGAAAUUUUUGAUUAUUGUUCCUCUCUCAACGAUUACCAACUGGACUUUAGAAUUUGAGCAAUGGGCGCCAUCACUAAAGACGAUUGUUUAUAAAGGUAGUCAACAGCAGAGAAGAGAUUUGCAACAUCAGAUUAGAAUGGCUGAUUUUCAAGUUUUAUUGACAACUUACGAAUAUGUCAUUAGAGAUAGGCCGCUAUUGAGUAAAUUCAAGUGGGCUCAUAUGUUAAUCGACGAAGGUCACAGAUUAAAGAAUGCAGAUUCUAAAUUGUUCCAAACAUUGACGAACUAUUACACUACCAGGAAUAGAUUGAUUCUAACUGGUACUCCACUACAGAACAGUUUACCUGAGUUAUGGGCCUUAUUGAACUUCAUUCUACCUAAGGUUUUCAAUUCUGUGAAGUCCUUUGAUGAGUGGUUCAAUACACCUUUUGCUAAUACUGGCCACCAGGAAAAAUUGGAACUAAGUGAAGAAGAGAGCUUGUUAAUUAUUAGAAGAUUGCACAAAGUCUUGAGACCUUUCCUUUUAAGACGUCUCAAGAAGGACGUUGCCAAGGACUUGCCAGACAAAGUUGAAAAAGUCAUCAAAUGUAAGUUUUCCAAUCUACAGUCUCAUAUUUACAAACAACUAUUGACUCAUAACGCCCUAUUUAUUGGUGAAGGUCAGAUUGGGGCAACAAAAUCAGGAUUAAAAGGUUUGAAUAAUAAGAUUAUGCAACUUCGUAAAGCAUGUAACCACCCGUUUGUUUUUGAGGAGGUUGAAAACCUUGUUAAUCCAGACAGGUUAACAACGGAUUUAAUAUGGAGAUGUUCAGGUAAGUUUGAAUUAUUAGACAGAAUCUUACCAAAACUGAGGGCUACUGGGCACAGGGUUUUAAUUUUCUUUCAAAUGACCCAGGUUAUGGACAUUAUGGAAGAUUUUCUACGCUUUAAAAACUUGAAAUAUAUGAGAUUGGAUGGCUCGACAAAGGCUGAUGAUAGACAGUCGAUGUUGAAAGAUUUUAACGCACCUGAUUCUGAGUACUUUUGCUUUUUACUUUCUACAAGAGCAGGUGGUUUAGGUUUGAACUUACAAAGUGCAGAUACUGUUAUCAUUUUUGACACUGACUGGAAUCCUCAUCAGGAUCUACAAGCCCAAGAUAGAGCUCAUAGAAUUGGUCAAAAGAACGAAGUCAGAAUUUUAAGAUUAAUUACAAGUGAAUCUGUUGAAGAGGUGAUUUUAGAGAGAGCACACCAAAAGUUGGAUAUUGAUGGUAAAGUUAUUCAAGCUGGUAAAUUCGAUAAUAAAUCGAGUGCCGAAGAGCAAGAAGCUUAUCUAAAGAGUUUGUUAGAAAAGGAAAAACUAAAAGGUGAUGAUGCAGAGAAUGACAAUUUUGACGACGCUGAAAUCAACGAGAUCUUAGCUCGUGAUGAGAAUGAAAUGGAAACUUUUGAGAAGCUGGACAUGGAUAGGGCUAGGGAGGAUACAGUGCGUGGCACACCAAGAUUAAUGGAAGAAGAUGAAGUUCCAGAAGUUUUGAAAGAGGAUAUGAGCCAACACGUGGACGUAAGAGAAGAGGCUUCUGGUCGUAGAGUAACUAAGAAGGUUAUCUAUGAUGAUGGCUUAACAGAAGAACAAUGGCUACAGGCCAUGGACGACGAGAAUGAUAGUGUUGAAGCAGCCGUUGAAAGGAAGCGCCAGCGGUUAGCAAAAAUGCGUAAUAAGAACGAAGAAACAACCGACGAAGGUUUAAAUAAUGAUGAUUUCAAAGGCAGCGAUAGUGAUGAAGAGGUCUAUGCAGAUGAUGUUCCAAACAGGAAAAGACAGAGACUGUCUAGAGGCUCAACCCCAAAAGAAUCCUCAGUGAAGAAAAAUCAGAAAAAAGAGGCCAAACCAUUGCCGGAAUGGAUUCAACGUGGCUAUGAGUUACUUGACAGCUUGGAGCGUUUGACAGACGAGGAUGGCAAUGAUAUCAGCAGUUUGUUUAUUAAGUUGCCAUCGCGUAAAUAUUAUGCUGAUUAUUACAAAAUCAUUCCUCAUCCCGUAUCUUUAAAUCAAGUUCGUAAACAACUGGAUACAAAGAAACUUGCCAACUGGGAUGCGUUCAUCGGAGAAUUGAAGCAAAUGGUUGCCAACGCACAUGUUUACAAUGAGGAAGGUUCUUACGUUGCAAAGGCUGCUGAUAUUCUUGGCAAGAGGAUGGAUGAAAUGGUUUCUCAAUGGGAUAUCUCUUAA